AUGGCUACAAUUGAUACACCUUUAACCUAUCCAACUACACCUCAUGGUCAAAGUACACCUUAUAAUCAAAUUACAUCUUAUAGUCAAUAUCAAAUUAUAUUUCAUAGUCAAAAUACUUCUUAUGGCCAAAUUGUAUCUCAAAUUACAUCUUAUCCUUCUACACUACUAAAUAUACCAUUAGCUAUGCCACCAUUUAUACCACUAACUAUACAACCUGAUGUAUAUACUGCUUUUGAAAAAUCCUUUGAUAAGUAUGGAAUUACUGUAAAUGGUAUAAAGAAAUUAACAAAUGAGCAACUAGAUAAAUUAGAGGCUAGUAUCCAAAAACCUUUCAACACAAUUAAUUAUGCAGGUCUCUUCUCUAUGAUCAAUCUUGUUACUAAUUUUGGUGAUAUAUUUAUUCCAACAGAGAUCAGUAAAAGUAUAAAUCAAUUGCUGAAG